AUGCAGCAUUCUCGACUGCUCCCCGCUGUGCCCCGCAAUGUAUUCAACGUCAUCGUUGCUGUUUUCUUGCUGUCACUUGUCGUGCUGUCUUUCACUGCCUUUCACAAUGGCAGUCUUGGGGGAAGCCUAGUUCGCCCACUGCAUCAUACUAACCCCGGUCAGCAACAAGCUCAACCCACCACCGAUCGGCGCUGCAGCGCCGUUCCCGAUCCUCCUAAUGUCGCUGUGGCUAUAAAGACAGGCGCAAAUAUCAUCUACGACAAGCUGCCCAUGCAGCUCCUCGCCAGACUUCAAUGCGCCGAGGACCCUCUGAUUUUCUCGGAUCUCGCCCAGACGCUCGGCCCGUACCAAGUCUACGAUGCCCUCGCCGAUGUUGCUCCAGACAUUAAAAAUGGUCCUGAUUUUGACUACUACCGUCAAAUACAAGAAUACCAGAACUCUGGACAAGACUUGCGGGCGUUACGCGACGCUAGGCCGCCGGCAUGGAAACUGGAUCGCUACAAGUUCAUACACAUGUUGAAGAAGACAUGGGAGAUGCGACCAGGCCAUGACUGGUAUAUAUUCCUCGAAGGCGAUACCUAUCUUCUAUGGACAAAUGUGAUACUGUGGUUGCAGCAACUUGACCCCAAUACGCCUCAGUAUCUCGGCCAGCAGUCCUAUUUCAAGAGCGAACCCUUCGCCCACGGAGGAAGUGGAAUUGUGAUAUCUCGAGCGGCCAUGUCCCAAGUCCUUGAUAACGACCCUGAUAUUACAUCACGUUACGACGAAUUAGCGCAGAAAGAGACCUAUGGAGACUUUGUGCUGAUGAAGGCCCUGCAAGAAAAAGGCAUCGACUUAAUCCCCUACAAGCCGAUGCUCCAAAGCGAACGGCCAAACGCGGUGCGUUUCGGGCCUGGACGCCACAGUGCCGAAAGAUCCUGGUGCCAACCGUUGCUUUCUCUGCACCAUGUAACGCCCAGCGACGUGGAUGCUCUCUGGCAGUAUGAGCAGCAGCGGCAGGAUCCAACACAGCCAAUCUCGUAUGCCGACAUGUACCAACAUUUCGUGGCUCCUUCCUUGCCUCGAGAUAGCGAUGACCGCGAAGACUGGCACAAUUUUUCAGACGAUGCGCAUAUCAAACCACCAGAUGAAAAGGCUGAGCGCCCGAUACCAGAGGAUGAUAUGACGCUGGUCCAAGCCGAGGCUUAUCAGUCUUAUGAUAAAUGCGCCGCCGCAUGCACCGAGUACCAUCGAUGCAUGCAGUACUCGUACGACUUCUUAGCGCAGAGAUGCUCAUACUCGUUUUCGUAUCGCCUAGGCGAAAAGCGCCCACCGACGUCUGAUGGAAGACGACACAAAUCCGGGUGGAUCUUGACAAGGAUCAACAGGGAUAUAGAAGAAAAUGGGUGUACUUCCUUCGAGUGGGAAGGAUUCCAUGCUUAA